GACCUACGAUACUGGAAGCUGUGGACAGUCAAGUAGUGUGGGAAUUGACGGUGGGUCUGCGGUACGGAGUAGCGUACGGAGCAUGACCGUUCCGUCGAUUUCCCAUUUCAACUACAGUAAUUACCGUGUGGUCUGGGGAGGCGUUUUUAGCGAUCAGCCCGUGAGCGUGCGGAAAGCCCUACGUGGGACGGUUCCCAAGCCCAGUGAUGCCUUGCUGCAACUCCACAAGCAACGUCGAGUCAGACGGCGCGCGCUGCCAUCCUGGUCGGUCCUUUAUCAGAUUCGGCCCUUGUUCGCGCUGUGCUACUGCACAGCACACGGGAAAUGCUAACCGGUUUGGCCUUCCCCCAGUGCUCCUGGCCCUCAAUUCCUUCGUGGUGAAGAGCUAGUUCUCGACACGUGUCAUGCUUACCUGCACUUUCGUACAGGCAUCA